AAAUCUGGCUGUACUGAAGAAGUGGAAUUAACAGAGGAGCAGAAGGCGGAGCUGAUGCAAGCUUUCUCUAUGUUCGAAAAGGCAGGGAAGGGGAAGAUCCCGGCUAGAGACUUGGGUGAGCUGCUCCGAUGCUUGGGCUGGAACCCGUCUGAACAGGAUUUGGAGGAGGCCAGGCAUGAAUUGGAGCUUACAACAAGAGGCAGUAUAUCGUUUGAGGAGGUGGAAGGAUACAUAGCCAGGCGUGGAGGGAUUUACUACGGUAACAACGCAGAAGAGGAUAUAAUGGUGGCUUUCCAGGUUUUAGACAAAAAUGGAACAGGGCGGAUCACAGUGUCUGAUUUCCGCCAUUUUCUGACCACCAUGGGAGAGAGGAUGUCACACGAAGAAGCCGAGGAACUUAUAGCUCGAUCGACACAAGAUGGCAGAGAUUACAUAGAGUACAGAGAUCUUGUGUUGGCAGUUCAACACCUACCCACAUGA